AUGGUUUGGGAUGCUGGCGUAGCAGAGCUAUCACUGGUAAGACCCAAGCACACUGUUUACUUGGUCUGGGGGACAGAGCCAAAGGAGAAACUGUGGGUCAGUGAAUAUGCAGAGACCCAGGGUAUGCUGAGUGCCGAGUUACAGACAAGCUUCAUCCCCCCCCCUCAUCUUGUGGCGGGAGAAAGAGGCUUGGUCAGGACAGGUUCGGGCAUUAGCGGGGAACACCCUCACAUCCUGCAGCCCCAAGACAGAAUGACACGGGGGGCCCAAGAUACCAUAUCCGGCGGCAUGGAUUCAGAUUCCGGCGAGCAGAGCGAGGGCGAGCCCGGGACCGCCGCAGGUCCUGAUGUUUUUAGUUCAAAGAACCUUGCCCUUCAAGCCCAGAAGAAGAUUCUGAGCAAAAUAGCCAGCAAAACUGUGGCCAACAUGCUGAUUGAUGAUACCAGCAGCGAGAUCUUCGAUGAGCUCUACAAAGUCACCAAAGAGCACAUACAUAACAAGAAGGAAGCCCACAAGAUCAUGAAAGACUUAAUCAAGGUGGCAAUCAAAAUCGGGAUCCUCUACCGGAACAACCAGUUCAGCCCAGAGGAAGUUGUUAUAGUGGAGAAGUUUAGGAAGAAGCUGAACCAGACCGCCAUGACCAUCGUCAGUUUCUAUGAGGUGGAAUACACCUUCGAUCGAAACGUGCUCUCCAAGCUCCUACACGAGUGCAAGGACCUGGUGCAUGAACUGGUGCAGCGACACCUGACACCCAGGACCCACGGACGCAUCAAUCAUGUCUUCAACCACUUUGCCAAUGUGGAGUUCCUUUCCACCCUGUAUAGCCUUGAUGGAGACUGUAGGCCCAACCUCAAGAAGAUUUGUGAGGGAAUCAAUAAACUGAUAGAUGAAAAAGUCCUCUGA